GGUGCAGGCACGUUCAUUCCUUAAUUGCUUCCAACAACUCUUUUCUAGGUCAAACUAUAUACUCUCUCUUUCUCUCCUAUCUAUGUAGCCUAAUCAAGCUGUCUAUGUCUAUGAUGUCUAUCUGAAGCUCUGAAAAACACAUUAUCUCUGCUUUCGCGCUGGUACGCACAAAUUUGAAAAAUCCUCCGAAACACACGUAAGCUGUAAACCACCACCUUCGUGCUCCCCCAUCCCCCCGGUGGACCUCCACCCAAUCCAACCCAUUCCUCAUUACUCUCCUUAAUUUCUCCGGCGAACUUACUUCUUUCUUGCACAAAUCCCUGAUCCAUGCUCCUCUCUUCCUUCCUCCACCACUGUCACCACCCACCUCCUAUGGCCCUCUCUCUUAGCCACUGCCAUCCCCAUUCCAUUUAAACAAUAAGGUUAAUACUAAACGUACUGUGAUCAUGGGAGGAGAGAAACCUGGUUUCCCCAUCUCCUCCCUUCUCCUCUUCUUCUUCUUCCUUAACAUUCUCCUUUGCCCAAUAAUUGCAAAAAAGGAUUCUUCAUCACCUCAACAUGUGGUGAAAUAUUCCCCCGUGGACAAUUACCUGAUCGACUGCGGCGCCGCUGCUGCCACCACCUUAAACGAUGGCCGAUCAUUCCGUUCGGACGGUCAAUCAGCUUCUCUCCUCUCCACCUCAGAGAAUAUACAGGUAUCCGUUCCAUCCCUUUCCAAUUCCAAUGCUGCUAAUGCCUCCUUUCUCCUCUCCUCUUCCUUACCUCUCUAUCAAACUGCCAGGAUCUUCACGGAGGAUUCCACCUUCAGUUUCUUCAUCUCUCGCCCAGGCCUACAUUGGGUCCGUCUCUAUUUCUACCCUCUUCCUCACACAUCAUACAACCUCACCAGCGCCACCUUCUCCGUCACCACUGAUUCCAUUGUCUUCCUCCAUGACUUCUCCGUCCCCGACAACAAUUCCUUAAUCUUAAAGGAAUACCUCAUCAACGUCACCGCCGAUAGAAUUUCCCUCAAAUUCAUGCCCCAAUCCAAAUCCAUCGCCUUCAUCAAUGCCAUCGAGGUCGUAUCGGCUCCCGAUACCCUAAUCUCCGAGUCCGCCACCACCGUCUCCCCGGUGGGAACCUUCAACGGCUUGUCCAAUUACGCCUUAGAAGUCUCGUACCGGUUGAAUGUCGGUGGGCUUCCUUUAACGCCGUAUAACGAUACGUUAGGAAGGACAUGGCAGCAGGACGUUUCCUUCAUGAAGUCCCCGUUAAUGGCACAGAACGUAUCGGUUUCUCCGUCCACCGUUAAGUUCCCUCCGACGGGAGCUAGUGCUUUAAUUGCUCCAAAUUCGGUUUAUUCAACGGCGGAUGAGAUGGCGAAUGCCAAUGUAACGGAACCGAAUUUCAACCUCACGUGGCAAAUGAAGGUCGAUCCGACCUUCUCCUACUUGAUUCGUCUCCACUUCUGCGACAUUGUGAGCACAACCCUUAAUAAUCUCUACUUCAAUGUCUACAUCAAUGGGAUGAUGGGGGUGGCGAGUCUCGAUCUCUCCACCAUCACCGGGAGCCUCGACACCGCUUACUACCAGGAUUUCAUACUCAACGCCUCCUCGGUCGCUAGUGGGAUGAUAAUUGUAGAAGUGGGCCCGGGUUCCAACGUUCAAUCUGGAACACCCAAUGCCAUCCUAAACGGCCUUGAAAUCAUGAAAAUGAGCAACGAGGCCGGUUCCUUGGAUGGCUUGUUCGCCGUCGAUGGGUCAUAUGUGGGGUCCACGUUCAGUAGUAACAAGCUUAAGAUAGUCGCAGCAGUUGGACUAGCCAUGGGUGUCAUGGCCAUGCUUUUACUUGCCACGAUGUUCUUGAAAUGGCAAAAGAGACCCAACGAUUGGGAGAAAUGCAACAGCUUCUCCUCGUGGCUACUCCCACUUCACUCUAGCCAUUCCAGCUUCAUGUCAAGCUCAAGCAAAAGCGGAUCUCGCGGCUUCAAAUCAAAGAGCAAAAGCGGUUACUCAGGCUUCUAUUCCUCUGCACUUGGCUUGGGUAAAUACUUUAGCUUCGCCGAAUUACAAGACGCCACGGGUAACUUUGAUGACAAGGCAGUGAUCGGUGUUGGUGGGUUUGGAAAGGUUUACCUGGGUGAGAUCGAAGGUGGAACCAAGCUUGCCAUUAAACGUGGGAACCCAAGCUCUGAACAGGGUAUCAAUGAGUUCCAAACUGAGAUUCAAAUGCUCUCCAAGCUUCGUCAUCGUCACCUUGUUUCUUUAAUUGGGUACUGCGAUGAAGGUUCAGAGAUGAUACUUGUGUAUGAGUACAUGGCAAAUGGACCUCUACGAGACCAUUUGUAUGGCUCUACCCUCACUCCAUUGUCAUGGAAACAAAGGCUUGAGAUCUGCAUAGGUGCUGCACGUGGGCUUCAUUAUCUCCACACCGGAGCCGCUCAGGGGAUCAUCCAUAGGGAUGUGAAGACGACUAAUAUUCUUCUCGACGAAAACUUCGUCGCCAAGGUCUCUGAUUUCGGACUCUCCAAGACUGGACCGUCCAUGAACCAAACCCACGUCAGCACCGCCGUGAAGGGCAGUUUCGGGUACCUUGACCCGGAGUACUUCCGGCGACAACAGCUGACGGAGAAGUCAGAUGUGUAUUCUUUUGGGGUUGUUCUCUUUGAGGUGUUGUGUGCGAGGCCGGCCAUCAAUCCGGCGUUGCCGAGGGAACAAGUGAACUUGGCUGAAUGGGCAAUGCAGUGGCACAGAAAGGGAUUGUUGGAGAAGAUAAUUGAUUCCCAUCUCCAGGGUACUAUUUUUGCUGAUUCCUUGAAGAAAUACGUGGAAGCUGCGGAGAAGUGUUUGGCGGAUUAUGGAGUGGAUAGGCCAUCCAUGGGAGACGUGCUUUGGAACUUAGAGUAUGCUUUGCAGCUGCAAGAAGCAUCGAACCAGCUUGAACCUCCGGAGGAUACAGGCGUUGAUCUCAUUAAUAUCCAGCCAAGUGGCAAUCAGAACCACAAUAACAAUGCUACUACAGUGCCGGCUUCUGUUGCCAUUGAUGAUGAUUCAGGAAGGAUUCAUUCUCCAUUGUUUUCUCAGAUUGAAGGGUUUCAAGGAAGGUAAUUAAGAGUUGAGUUGAAAUCUGCUGGUGGUGGUCUUAAAUAAGGAGAAAUCGAAUCAGAAAACGUUUCUCUUGUUUAUCAAUGACAGCUUUCUCUUCUGUUUCUUCUUGCACAAGGGACUUGAACAUUGAUGGGAAGGAAGAAAUCCUCUCCUCUACGGAGGAAGAGUACGUAGAGAUCGAUAGGUGAUUGUGAAUGCAAUUGAUCCACCUGGACCGUUUUGUUUAAAA